CCUCCCGCUUCCGCCGCCGCGGGGGCGGGACCGGCCCCGGUAAAGGCGGCGGGGCCGGGGAGGCGCCGCGUCCGCCUGCGCCAUGGCCGAGGCGGCAGCGCAGGAUCUCCUGCUGGCAGCAGCGUUUGUUUCCGAUGCGCAGUACAACAGGAAUAUUCCCUUUAAGACCUCCCCGGAGGCUGUCAGGCUUUAUCACCUCUAUAACCACUGGAUGAUGCGAACAGCCACCUACUUCUUCAUCUUCCUCAACCUGUCCCUUGCCCUGUUUGAGGAACCUGCUGUGUAUCCGCUCCCCUUCCUGGCCACGUCAGUGCUGGAGGUGUUGUGCCUUCUGGUGUUCCUCGGCCGGCUGACACACUUUGCCAAAGUCACCCUGCACAACGUUUUCUGGAAGGACACCAAGAACAUCUGCAUCAUGGUGGCAAUCCUGUUAUCCCUGACAGACCUGGCCAUAUAUGGGGUCCUCAGGCUGUAUGAUGUGAGGAGCAUCCGAUGGUCAAGGAUUGUGAGGCCCAUCUUCCUCAUCAACUUCGCAGAGAGUCGCCAGAUCCGGAGGGCCUUCCGCAGCAUCCGCAACACGCUGCCAGAGAUCACCUACGUCUUCCUGCUCUUCAUGUUCAGCCUCCUCAUGUUCUCCCUCAUGGCCUUGAAGCUGUUUGGAGAGAGGAAUCUCCAGACAGCAGAAGGCUUGCCCUACUUCAGAAACUACCUGGAGAUUUUGUUUGACCUCUACGUGCUGGUGACGACGGCAAACAGCCCAGAUGUCAUGAUGCCAGCAUUUGACUUCAGCUCCUGGUACGCCCUGUUCUUCAUCGCCUUCGUCAUCGUCAACACUUACAUCUUCAUGUCUCUCUUCCUGGCCGUGGUCUACAACAACUACAAAAAACACCUGAAGAACGAGAUCCGUAAACUCGCCUACAUGAAACGCCGCAAGAUGAUCGAGGCCUUCAACCUCCUGAAGGAAGAGGAGGGAGAGCAGUUUGUGGUUCGGGAAGCCCGGUGGAAGCAGCUGGUCAAGCUGGUGGCUCCUGACACCAGCAAUUCCCACCGGGAGCUGCUGCUCCGCAUCUCGGAUGACGAGCAGAAAGGGUUCGUAGACAAGAAGUCCUUCAUGCAGCUGGCAGACCUGCUCAACAUCCAGGUGGUGACGCUGAAGAUCCGCAGGCACCCUCUGGCGCGCCGGCUGCCGGCCCUGUACGGAUCCGCGCCCAGCCGGCUCCUGCGCAGCGUCGUGAGGCACAGGGCUUUUGUUUGGACUUAUGAUGCCAUCAUCCUGGUAAAUGCCAUCUUCAUUGCUCUGGAUGAGGAAAGCCCCUACGUUUCCUAUGCAGAGUGGGUGUUCCUUGCUCUGUACAUCAUCGAGAUCCUCCUGAAGGUCUACACUUAUGAACCCAGGGAGUUCUUCGGCAAAACCCAGUUCUGGAACUGGUUUGAUACUCUCAUCAUCUUUGCUGCCCUGACUGCAACGAUUCUCAAUGCCACCCUCAAGUCCACCAUGAAGUACAACAGCCAGCAGAUCCUGGACAUUGUGUUGAUCCUAAGAGUCCUCAGGCUGAUCCGGAUUGUUGACAGCAUUCAGAGGUUCCAGGUCAUCAUGAACACGCUGAUAAACAUCGUCCCAACCAUGCUGACUUUUGGUGGGCUCACUCUGGUUGUGUAUUGUGUGUUUGCUAUCAUUGGCAUGGAGUUAUUCCACGGGAAAAUCCAGUACUUCCCGGCCAACUCAAAUGCUCCUCACUCCCUGGAGUGUGGGAACCCAGCUCUCAAGGAUUCCCUGUUUGCCCGUGGGAAGUACUGCAAGAACAACUUCAACGACUUUGCCUCCUCCUUCAUUGUCCUCAUGGAGCUCACCGUGGUCAACCAGUGGCACGUCUUUGCCAAUGGAUUUGCCAACGUGACAGUUCAGCCUGCCAAGCUCUACUUCAUUGCCUUUCACAUUGUGAUGGUGAUAAUCAUUGUCAAUAUCUUUGUGUCCUUCAUCUUGGAAGCUUUCUUUGUGGAGUACUCCCUGGAGAAGAGCGAAGUGGAAACUGCCAUUGAGCAGAAAAUCCAGGAGCUGGGAAUGGGAGUUCAAGAGGAUGAGCUCCAGCAUGACCAGCUCCUUGACAACAUGGAGAGUGCAGAGCACGAGCUCGAGGGGGAAGGUGGAACGAAGCCACAGAGCAAAGGGCUGGUGUUCAAAAUUGCCUCCAAACCAUCUUCUCCUGUCCCACCUCAGCCCUUCUGUUUUCCUUGUCUUCAUGAACCUCCCUCUGGAGACACUGCCCUGGUGGCCCAGGUCCUGCUGUGCCAAGACACCUGUUUUCCUUUCUCCUUCCUCUAUGGGCUUUGCAUUCCUGCUGCCUUGGAUCACGGGGGGACCGUAUCCCCCUUUCCUCUGGCUCGGCUACAGGACAGUGGAUGCUCUGCUGCAGCGCAUGUUCGAGGCAGAGAUACCCCUGGAGGAUGAAGGCCCUUCCUUUGAAGAGAUCCUGAACUUGUCACCCACCUCGGUUCCCAGGAGCCCGAGUUCGGAGAGCGCGGCGUGAGGGGGAUCAGGGAAUGGAGCCCAUUCCCGGCUCUCCGGCUGUUCCCUGGCUGCUCCCACUCGUGGGGCCCGGGUGUCACGGUGGGAACAAACAGCUUUGUCCUGUAAAGGAGCUUUUAUCUCACAUAAAAUCCCGUAGGAACGUCUGGAAUGCGGGGGCCAGAGGGAGCACCCGGCUGUGCCCGGAUGGUGACGGUGCCUUGGGCAGUACGUAAUGGAAUAAUUACUCCUUGUAACUGGAAUUGUAUCGCAGCACUUUUAUACGCACCUCUGCACCGGCGGACGCGGAACGCGGCGGUUCUUUAGCACAAUAAAUUCAGCAGUUUGGAAAAACGA